AUGGAUGUUCGUGAGCGUCUGAAGAUGCUCCUUGAAGGAGAUCCAAGUCUCAAAGAUUUGAACACCAACCUGAACAAGGCCCAACCCGUUCAGCCUGCCCAGCCUGCCCGGGGUCCGGAUGGAGUUGACAGGGUAGACGAAUCCAACAAAGAUAAGCAAGCCGUAAGUGGAUAUGCUCUUCCCGUUGACUUUGAGCCCGAACAUGGUAUGGAGUAUCCUGCGAGUGGCCAAUUUCCUUUGUCGUACAUCCGUACCCAUGUUGUUGGACAGCUAGUUGAGUCGGAUGACGAUUUGACCGAGAUCGACCAGGAUGAUCGCACCCCCGGCCGUACUCCAAAUAUUCAUCUUGAUGUCUCGGCCUUGCUCAAUGAGAGCGGCGAUAUUUCUGAAGAGGAGCCGGUCACUGCGAUUCAGGUUCCAAUCUCGUUCACUCCGGCGGUGACAAUGGCCCACUACCCUUUCAAGUAUCUUUAUGGAGCGAACUUCAAGAGAGUUAAUGGGCAGUUCUAUGCGGGUAAUAAGUUCUGGAAUCGGACCUGGGACCUGUAUUACUUGCCUCUCCCAAAAACAAUUUCUCAAGCCCCGUUUCUUCUGAUUCCCACCUUACAAGCUCAAGCGCUACUCGAUGAAAUCAAUUCGGCUCUGGAUCUCAAAUUGACUCUCACGGGCGUUAACAUGGAAGGCCUUGUUAUUGAAAUCAACGAUGAGAAACUGCCGCGGCCUCUGUACCUCGGCCAAAGCAGCACCUCUGAUCGGAAGGCAAGAUUGGAGAGUCGUGUUCCCUCGCCUUUGGAGAAGUGGGGACCCUGGGCACAGCUGGUCGAGCCCCAUGUUCUGGAAGAAUUUGAGAAGAAAGUCCGGCAGUCGAUCGCGACAAUCAAGAGUAAAAAUCGCAACAAGCAGGCGGCCCGAGAUGCCCAGAUGAAAAAAUUGCACGAGUCCCUAGCUCGUACGCAAGCCUACUUUGGUCUGCGUCCUGCUUUGCGGCCGAAUGUUACACAGCCGUCGUUUGCCAAUGGUCAGAUCGACGCGAUUGAUGUUUUGAAGCCUGUCAAGUGGGCCUUUCAAGAUGCCCCCAUCUUCAUCAGCGUUGAUCUCGAGUGGAUGGACCGUUACGGAUGGCUGACCGAGGUUGGAAUUUCGACUCUGGAUAUGAUGGAUUUGGAAGGUGUGGUUCCUGGUGAUUAUGGACAGAUGUGGAUGAAACAAGUUCGAUCCCGCCACCUGCGUGUCACGGAGUACCGACACUGGGUCAACGAUACUUUCACAACCGGAUGUCCUGGUAAUUUCCGAUUCGGCGAAAGCGAGAUGAUUCCAGAUGCUGAAAUUGGGAAGGUUGUGGACGCUGCAUUCCACCCUCCGUACAUGGUUCCCUUGAAGGAUGGGAAGAUCCCCUCAUACAAGAACCAGAAGCGCACUGUGAUCUUGGUCGGUCUCGACCUCCAUGGUGAUAUCUCGCAUCUCCAGAGAGCGGGUAGCAAAGUCUUUAACAACCUGGAUGGACCUUCUUCAGUCGUGCGUGAGACUCUCGACGUGGCAGAGCUAUACCGUGUUGACACUGGGGAGAGCCAGAAGCGGGGCCUUCGAGCACUGCUGGGAAUACUGAAUAUCUUGUGUGCAGACUUGCACAAUGGGGGAAAUGACGCGUACUUCACUUUGCACGCUCUUGUGCGACUGAUGCUGAGAGUAGCUGGGGAGAAGCCGUGGGGAUACGAGGAUGGGGAGCCUAAGGUUGAGCCCAAGGAUAAUCCCGAGGUCACGAUCAAUCCCAAGGAUAAACCCGAUUUUGAAUCUAUGGCUGCUCGGUGUGAAAAAACCGAUGUUAAAACCGACGAUGCCCCCGUGUGGAGUCAUUAA